AUGUCUGACAAGGAAGUUAAUAUAGAAUCUCACAGUGAUAAAAUGUCAGAACCGCGUACAAGAGUUCCUAGACCUAACGAUCAGGCGAGUGAUUUGGGAUAUAAAUCUGAGAAAAUAUACCAACUAGCGAAAAGUCGUGCGGGUUAUAUUGGCGUAAUUACGAAAGUUUAUAAAGAAAUUUCCGAUAUGAUUGCUUACAAUAAGUGUAAUGUGGGGGACAUUUCGUUGAAAUUGAAUAAAUUUGACCAAGCUUGGUGCGAAUUUGUCGGGGUACAUGAGAAAUAUCUCGUUUUAAUAGAGCAUGAGACUGAGAAAGAAAGUGCUUGUGUUAGCUACGUAGAGCAAAGAAAACGCAAAUUGAAUCUCGAUGCCAUGGUAACAGAAUGGCGUCAGAAGGCGAAAAUAGAAUUGCAUGAUGAAACCGGAAGUAGAAGCGCUAAAUCUAAACAUUCCAAGAGCAUGAGAAGCGAGGCCUCCAGUUCGAAGGCAUCGUCGAUUGUAAGAAAAAGGGAAGAAAUGGCGCUAGCGCGUAUGAAGGUAGAGCAGUUGAAGAUUCGGCAACAAUUUGAGAUCCAGGAACAGGAAGUUAGGAGGAAAAGGGAAUUAGCAGAAGCAGAAAUGGAAGCUAAUAUGGCGGUGGUCUCCUAUGAAAUAUUCCAGGAAAACGAGGGUAGUAUCUCAGAGAGUAAGGGGCUAGGAAAAUACAUUUCACCGUAUGAUGUACAGGACACUAAUGAGCCCAUUGAGCUAGGUUUAAUGAAGGGGAAAGAGAGUAAACAAAGUUACAAAAGCGAAAGACAAUCGUGUGAAGUUCUAACCGAAAGAGGAUUCCAGCAUAAGGGAUUUAGAAAUGCGAGCGAAGUACAUGAAUCGAGCAGUAGAAAACCCCUAGUUCAAGAAGGACAAUCGCAACCGUCCUUACAAUAUCAAAGGCUGCCAAUCUUGGACCACAAUUCUGCUUCUGAACUUAGAGAAACAGGAACUUUACCGUUUGGCUUACCAGCUGCGAGAUCCCAGGAACUAUUACCAAGUUUAGCAGCGAGGGCACCAGUUACAAAUGGAGCGAGAAUAGGGAGAAUCCUGACACUUUAUUACAGUGUGUGA